AUGACCAAGUCUCUGGGCGCGAUGAGCAUGGACGAGCGAGCGACGACCUUCGGCCAGCGUAGAGGGUGCACGGUCACCCGGUGCGGCGGCCUCGGUAUAUGCCUGGCCUUUGCGAGCGCCGUCCUGAUCACGGGCCUGCUCAUCUACCACUUUGCUCCUUGCGAGCCCACUGAGCGCGGCUUUGGCAGGAGUAGCGGCUCCACCAGCCGGUCCGGGCGCAGCUUUGGCGACCACGACGAGGACAAGCUCGACGUCCGACUGCCCGGCUCCGUGUUGCCUGACAGCUACGAGCUCUGGCUCACCCCCUUCAUCUGGGACGGAAACUUCACCUUCAACGGCGAGGUAAAAAUCGUGAUUAACGUGACGGAAAGUACGAAGAAGGUGACGCUGCACGCGGUCGACAUGAUGAUCGACGAGUCGUUUACGAGCGUAAAGCCAUACCCGGUGGUAGCUGAUGGCAAGAGAGCCUCGAUACGAGUGAGCCGCCAAUACAACGACAGUGCCCGACAAUUCCACGUCAUACAGACCGAGGAGACCCUUGUAGCUGGUAAAAGCUACCUGGUGCAUUUGAGGUACGUUGGCCAUCUCAACGAUUACCUGCAAGGCUUCUACCGUAGCUCGUACACCGUCAACAACGAAAGGAGGUGGAUAGCCACGACGCAGUUUCAGCCGACGGACGCGCGCCGAGCAUUCCCGUGCUUCGACGAGCCGGGGCUCAAAGCGAGUUUUCAGAUCAACAUAGCGCGCCCCGGAAACAUGACGGCCAUCUCUAACAUGCCCAAGGAGAGGGAGUCCAGGCCCGUGUCCGGGCUGCCCACUUACGUGUGGGACCAUUUUGAGCGCUCGGUGCCGAUGUCGACCUACCUGGUGGCAUUUAUCGUGUCGGACUUCAAGGCCAUGCACUCGAGUACCUCCAACGUGAGCGUUUGGGCACGCGCCGAGGCCAUCGAGCAGGCGGCCUACAGCUUGGAGAUCGGCCCGAAGAUGCUGAGCCACUUUGAGGAGUUCUUCAAGAUCAAGUUCCCCCUGCCGAAGAUCGACAUGGUCGCUCUGCCGGAUUUCUCGGCCGGAGCCAUGGAGAAUUGGGGACUGAUUACCUACAGAGAGACGGCCAUGUUGUACCAGGAGGGCGUCUCGACGAACAUCAACAGGCAGAGGGUGGCCACGGUGGUCUCGCACGAGCUCGCCCACCAGUGGUUCGGCAACCUCGUGACCCCGACCUGGUGGACCGAUUUGUGGCUGAACGAGGGCUUCGCGAGCUACGUCGAGAACAUCGGCAUCGGCGCGGUGGACGAGAGCUGGAGGCCGCUCGAGCAAUUCGUCGUCCACGAGUUGCAAAACGUUUUUGGCCUCGACGCCCUCGAGUCGUCGCAUCCCAUAUCGAUCAAGGUCGGCCACCCGGACGAGAUCAACGAGAUAUUCGACCGCAUAUCCUACGCCAAGGGGGCAUCCAUCAUCCGCAUGAUGGACCACUUUCUCACGACCGAGGUCUUCAAGCAGGGCCUGACCAAUUACCUCACCGAAAAGGCGUACCAGUGCGCGGAGCAGGACGACCUAUGGAAAGCCCUGACGGAGCAGGCUCACAGGGCCGGGGUGCUCGAAAAGUACGUGACCAUCAAGCAAAUCAUGGACACGUGGACCCUCCAGACCGGCUUUCCCGUGGUCACGGUCCUCAGAAACUACAACGACAACUCGGCCGUCGUCACCCAGACACGAUUCAUGCUGCAAAACAGCACGAAACGGGAUAGGGAGCCGCUGUGGUGGAUCCCCCUCACUUACACCACGAGCAACAAACUCAAUUUCAACGACACCAAGCCAGCCGUGUGGAUGAAGGCGGAAAAGAGCGUGUCCAUCAAGAACAUCGACGCGAGUUCUCGGGAGUGGCUCAUCUUCAACGUCCUGGAGACAGGGUACUAUCGCGUGAACUACGACAACGCCAAUUGGCAGUUGAUAAUAAAGCAGCUGAAGAACAACUACAGGAGCAUAUCAACGAUAAACCGAGCCCAACUCGUUGACGACGCCUUGAAUCUCGCGAGAGCCGAACAAUUGGAGUACGCGACGGCAUUGGACGUCGCCUCGUACCUCGUGAACGAGACCGAGUACUUGCCAUGGAAGGCGCUCUUCAACGCCAUGAGCUUCAUGGACAACAUGCUCGUCAAGUCGCAGGGCUACGACAAAUUCCGGGUGUUUGUCCUGAAGCUUCUGCACAACGUGUACAACAAGGUCGGUUUCAAGGACAUCCCGGAGGAUCCGCAGCUGAAGGUGUUUACGCGCAUCGACGUGCUCAGUUGGGCGUGCGGCUUCGGGCACGAGGACUGCGUGAGAAACGCCAUCCAGCAGUUCGGGAGCUGGCGGGACUCUGCCGAUCCCAACCGGGACAAUCCGAUCUCGCCGAACCUCAAGAGCGUCGUGUACUGCACGGCCAUCAAGAUGGGCGGCGAGCCCGAGUGGAACUUCACUUGGCAGCGCUACAGGGAGACGAACGUCGGCUCCGAGAAGGAUUUGCUGCUGCAGGCGCUCGGCUGUACCAGGGAGACGUGGCUGCUGAGCAGGUACCUCGACUGGGCGCUCACCGAGAACUCGGGGAUCAGGAAGCAGGACGUCACGAGGGUCUUCAGCUCGGUGGCCGGCAACAUCAUCGGCCAGUCUUUGACUUUCAACUACUUCAGAAACAAUUGGGACCGGCUGCGGGAAUACUUCGGCACCUCGCUGCUCACCAUCAACAACAUCGUCAAGGCCUCUACGAAACGUAUAAAUACCAAAUACGAGCUCAAAGACCUGCUCGAGUUUGCAAACGAGCACAAAGAAGAGCUGGGCAGCGCGACGCGAGCAGUGGAGCAGUCUAUCGAGCAAGCGGAGGCGAACAUCAGAUGGAUGACGCGUAAUCAUGGAAACAUCCAAAAGUGGCUGAAGAAAAGUUCUUGA